GAUUCUUUCAGCGCUUCCUCGGUUGGCCGCCUGGUGGCGCUGUCCCUGCGUUCGCUGUUGCUGUACUCCUCGUGGCCACGCCCUGUCCGUCUCUGGCCGCUCCCCUCCCAGGAGGAGGAGGAGGAGGAAGAUGGCGGCGCUCGGCCCCCUCGGCGGCGGCGCGCAGCUCUCUGUUGGUAACCCUCUGUAUGAGACAUAUUACAAGCAAGUGGAUCCAGCUUGCACUGGCAGAGUUGGGUCCAAUGAUGCUGCUCUGUUUCUCAAAAAGUCUGGCCUCACGGAUGCUGUCCUGGGGAAAAUAUGGGAUUUAGCAGAUCCAGAGGGCAAAGGAUUUCUGGAUAAACAGGGAUUCUUCAUUGCGUUGCGGCUAAUUGCCUGUGCCCAGAGCGGCCAUGAUGUCAUUCUCAGCAACUUAAAUUUGACGUUACCUCCUCCAAAAUUUCACGACAAUACAAGCCCCCUGCUGCUUGCUUCCGCAGAUGCUCACUGGGCUGUCAGAGUAGAAGAGAGGGCCAAGUUUGAUGGCAUUUUUGAAAGUCUUUUACCUGUCAAUGGUUUACUUUCGGGAGACAAAGUGAAGCCAGUAUUGAUGAACUCCAAACUACCUCUUGAUGUCUUGGGACGGGUGUGGGAUCUCAGUGAUAUUGAUAAAGAUGGGCACCUUGACAGAGAUGAGUUUGCCGUGGCGAUGCACCUGGUCUAUCGUGCCCUUGAGAAGGAAUCCGUCCCCUCUGUGUUGCCCCCAUCUCUUGUUCCACCUUCCAAGCGGAAGAAAGUGCCAAUCUUUCCUGGGGCAGUGCCAGUUCUUCCAGCCAGUCCUCCCCCAAAAGACAGUUUGCGGUCCACUCCGUCACACGGCAGCGUCAACAGCCUCAACAGCACAGGAAGCUUGUCCCCCAAACACAGCCUGAAGCAAACACAGCCGUCUGCAAACUGGGUGGUGCCACUGACUGACAAGAUUCGCUAUGAUGAAAUAUUUCUGAAGACAGAUUUGGACCUGGAUGGCUUUGUGAGCGGCCAGGAAGUGAAGGAUAUUUUCAUGCACUCGGGGCUUUCCCAGAACCUCCUAGCACACAUAUGGGCUUUGGCUGAUACAAGGCAAAUGGGAAAGCUCAACAAAGAUCAGUUUGCACUCGCCAUGUACCUCAUUCAGCAGAAGGUCAGCAAAGGCAUUGACCCACCACAGGUGCUGCUCCCAGAUAUGAUCCCUCCUUCAGAAAGGACCACUCCUGUCCAGACGCUCUCAGGCUACUUGGCCUCUGUAGGAACUGAGAUCUCGACACUCUCAGAAAUGCGUCGUGACAGCUCAAGUUCUGUUGGAUCAGGGGAAUUCACUGGCGUGAAAGAACUGGAUGAUAUCAGCCAAGAGAUUGCACAGCUACAGAGAGAGAAAUAUUCUCUGGAACAAGACAUCCGAGAAAGAGAAGGAGCUAUUCGACAGAAAACCAGUGAAGUUCAGGAACUGCAAAACGAUUUAGAUCGGGAAACUAGCAGCUUGCAAGAACUGGAGGCUCAGAAGCAGGAUGCUCAAGAUCGCCUUGAUGAGAUGGACCAGCAAAAGGCAAAGCUGAAAGAUAUGCUAAAUGAUGUUAGGCAAAAGUGCCAGGAAGAGUCACAAGUGAUCACAUCAUUAAAAAUGCAAAUUCAGUCCCAGGAAUCAGAUUUAAAGUCCCAAGAAGAUGAUAUCAGUAGAGCAAAAGCUGAGUUGAAUCGGCUUCAGCAGGAAGAGGCCCAAUUGGAGCAGAGCAUCCAGGCUGGGAAAGUACAACUUGAAACAAUAAUCAAAUCUUUAAAAUCCACUCAGGAAGAAAUUAACCAGGCAAGGAGUAAGUUAUCUCGGCUUCAAGAGACCCUUCAGGAAGCCAACCAGAGCAUCGAACAAUACAACGAAGCCUUAAAUGGACUUCACAGUGGCAGCAUGACUAACCUGGCAGAUCUGAAUGAGGGAAACGUCCAAAAAGACCGGGGCGGGUUUGGGACCUUGGAUGAUCCAUUCAAGAACAAAGCCCUACUUUUCAGCAAUAAUGUCCAGGAGUUGCAGACGGACCCUUUCCAAACUGAGGAUCCCUUCAAAGGAGCAGAUCCCUUCAAAGGCAGCGACCCUUUUCAGAAUGACCCUUUUGCUGAACAACCUCCUGCAGGAGCUGAUCCAUUUGGAGGUGAUCCAUUUAAAGAAAGUGACCCAUUCCGGACAUCUGUACCUGAGGAUUUCUUUAAAAAGGCUGAAAAAAGUGAUCCAUUCACUUCAGACCCGUUCUUGCAAAAUUCCACACUGCCCUCUAAACCAAACCUCUUUGAGAACAGUGAUCCUUUCCUAACUCUGAGCAUGUCUUCUUCGAAAGGGCCAGAUCCUUUUGGGACAUUAGAUGCCUUUGGUAGCAGCACCUUCAGCACCCAUAGUAGUGAAGGAUUUGCAGAUUUCAGUCGGAUGUCAAAGUCGCAAACAGAUGUCUCUAGAAGACUUAGGAGCAGGACAUAUGAGCAGCCUCCGGCUUCUGAUCCAUUCUCCUCUUUUGGAGGAGCUGGAUUCUCUGAUGAUCCUUUUAAGACUAAAGCAGACACUCCUGCCCUCCCGCCGAAGAAAAACAUACCUCCCAGGCCUGAGCCACCCAGUGGUAAAAGUCCUCCUGUAAGCCAAGUCGGGUCUUCCGAUUUUGCCAAGCCCCCCGAUCCAUUUCAGCCAUUCGGGGCUGACAGCAGUGACCCCUUUCAGAGUAAAAAGGGGUUUGGGGACCUAUUUAGUGGAAGAGUCCUGUUUGCUCCUUCCUCUUCAAGUAAACCUUCUAAAGACUCUUCCCGGGGGUUUGCUGACUUCAGUUCUCUUGGCAAUGAGGAGCAGCAGUUGGCGUGGGCCAAACGGGAGAGUGAGAAGGCAGAGCAGGAAAGGCUGGCGCGAUUGCGAAGACAAGAGCAGGAAGACCUGGAGUUGGCCAUUGCACUCAGUAAGGCCGACAUGCCGACUUCUUAAAAGCAAGGGUGGCCAUCAAGCAGACCUAUUUCCUGGUACCUGUUCUAGAUUCCUGAUGUCCUCGGGCCAUUCCCCCCCCCCCCCCGAUUAUUUCAUGACUUCCAGCUGCCUGUGGGGCUGAUUGUUGAGCAAACUGCAAUUGAUGGGCUUGGCUUCACAGCAGUCUCUCAUUCGUUUUGUUUUUAAAUUAAGUUAGACUUUCUAGGCUGAAAAAAACGUUGCUUGUAUGAGAACUUGCAGCAGCCCCAUCCCACUGACUGCCAGAUUUUGCUGCGCUGCGGAAAAACAGUAGCACUAAUGGGACUGCCUCUCGGGACUUCAUUUUUUUGUGGAGUGGCAGGAGAGUCAUGGAAGCUGCCACUCAACCUCUGGGUUCAAGGAGAAGUAUGAUCUUCAUAAAGAGAUUGAUUGUUUUUAUUCUGUAGUUAAGUCUCUUUUGAUUUUCUUCUGUUGGUCAGUGGCCUGAAAUACAACUCGUCACCAGAGUUCCUUUCUUGUGCAUUUUGUGCUUUAUCUUAAGAAAAUAACUCCCUCUCCCUAGAUAUUUAUAAAUUAGAGGGUAGACGCUCAUCAGACCAUAGGUUGGAAGCUCAGAUCAUAGGAUGUUUCUCCCAUGAAAAAGCCUUCCCCAUUUAUAGAAAGCCAGCUUCUCAGAGGAAAAAAAAAGAUUCCAGCUCUCCUGAGAUGCUAGUAAGAGGAAAAGGCCAAAAUUAAGCGACUCCUUAUGCCUGUUGCGUAGAGUCCGUUACCUUCUGAGCCUGGAUCUCUUUACAACUAAAAGUGCGCUCUGUUGAACAAGAAGUUUCGCUUCUAACCAUAAACGCUUUGUUGUACAGACGAGAGCAUCUUUUAACCAACACCAAAUCAUACUGAAACCAAGGGAAACUGUUGCGGCUAAGGGCAGGGCCGUUGUGUGUACGCUACCUGGAAAACAGAUAUAAUAAUAAUUCAGUAUCUUUGGAACUGUAGCUGCCCUUGUGUGUGUUUGCCUGUCUUUCUGAAAUGUGUUUUGUUGAUGGGAGAGAUGGGGGGAAGGAGGGGGCGUGGGUUCAGUUAAUAGGAAGAGAGGCCAAAGCAACAAUUGGUGUUCAACUGAUUGUGCACAAAUGACUGCUUUCUUUUGCAAAUGGGACGCUUUCUCUUAACUUCACUCUUUCCCUUUUAGCUAUUGGCCAUCCAUGAUUUAGGGAAGAGCCAGAUGGGGCUUUAUUCUGUGAGAUGACUUCAGCUAAUUUUCAGGGUUACAUAUGCAUGUGCACGUAUGUAUUUGGGCUUUGAGAUUCCAUACAAUGGAAUGGACAAGGGAAUUGAAAUAUUGGGGUUAUGCUGAAAAGUUGGAUUUAUGGCUACUGUAUAUAAUCCCCUAUCUUGUUUUUACAAAGUAGUUAGUUCUCAGUCGAUCAUCUUAUUCAUCUCCUCAUAGCCUUAUUCAAAAAAUAUUCCUGACUUUAUAAAAAAUAAUUCCAUUAUUUAUCUCGAGGAUAGGUCACCUUCACAACACUGGAUUUUCCACUGUUAACCACACUCUGAUUGCUUGGUCUUCCAUUCUUGAUUUCUUAUGCCAUACCUUCUGGAUUAUGGAGUGGGAAGGUGAUGUUUCCUGGUUGUGUACUUGUGAGAGAACUGUCUUUAUAAUUUUGGUGAGGACAGCAUCUUCUCAAACCUGACAGGUACAGCACACUCCCACAGCCCGUGUUGAGAUGAUCCUGUGGCUAUCAUUCCUAUGGGACAUUCUGAAAAGACUUUCAUUUUCCCCCUGAACGAAUAUGUGGUAUCCAAGCUCAUUUUCUCUCUUCUGUUACGAGAUUUAAAGAGUAGAGAGGACCCAUUGAUGUGCCUUCAUUUCCUUGACUCCCUUUAUCUCACUGUGCAUUCCUCUUUCUUGAAUAUAUGGAGAGUUAAGUCUCUUCUUCCAAGAUGCCCCCCUGUCCUCCCCCCCCCAAAAAAAUCCUCCUGAAGCCACAUCUCCAUAGCAUUCUAGACACAAAGUCUCUUCCAGCUUUCCAUUUUUCAGCUCUCUGUGCCUGAAUAGUAUUAGGUACUUUCUGACCCAGCUUAGUAUCCUGCUUGGAUUUAUGCUGCAAUUUCCUUUUGGGAACAUUUUCUCUUUACUUCCAUUCUUCAUCUCCCGGUUUUCUCACCCUUGACCUUAGUGGCAGGAUUAGGCUUCUCCUUGUUAUUCUGCUUAUUCUGCUACCUGUCCUGCUUCCGAGUUCCUGUAAUCUGGGAAGUUCCAAAACCAAACUAUAAUGGAUUGGAGAGCUAAAGAAAUAAAGGUCCCAGAAAGACCCUGCUUGAAAAUUGAUUGGCAGUCCUGAAUGACAGCCUUGGAACAAAUGAGUUUGGGCCCCAGCUAUAGCAAGAUUUUAGCUUUUUUGUUUAAUUCGUUAAUAGUGUUGACACUUCAUUUAAAUAAUCAAAAUGUAUAUAGAAUUUUAACACUUUAAGUCAUGUUUGCUCCCAAUUUUACUGUAGAGAUCUGUUCAGGAAAGCUCUUAAAAAUGACAAAUCUUGGUCACGUUCAAUGGUAUUUAUUCAACCUGACCAUAUCUCUAGACCCAAAUACAGAUUCUCUGGUGCUCAGGCAAACCGUUUUAGGUAUUGAAGGGUGCCAUGUAUCUAACUGCAGUGGCUUGGAGCCCUUUUUUUAUGUACUAAGAAGCAAAUAAGGUUUGUGUAUGCUUGCAGAUUUUUUUUUUAAAAAACCCUACAUUAUGUUGUAUAUAGUUUGCUUUGAUACAUUUACUGUCUUUUAGCUAGUCUGUUAUUACUCCAUGUUACUUGGCAUUGGACAUAUUUAUAUAUACACACACAAACAGUCUGGCAAAUUUCCCGUAGUUCUUAUUAUCACCUACCUGUUAUGGAAUAUAAUUAUAUAUUGUACAUAAAUAAUGUAUAGUUUGUGUGUGCAUUAUGUAUAUUUAGUAUAUAGAUCUGGAAAUAAAAAAUAAUAGCUGUAGUUAUAAUUUCAAUGUUCUAGUACAAAUGACAUGUAAUGUGUCACACAAAUUCAGCCAGAUGCUUCUCAAAAGGGUCUAGUUCAGGGGUAGGCAACCUUGCCUCUUUUAUGACUUUUGGACUUCAAUACCCAGAAUUCCUGAACCAGCCAUGCUGGCUCAGGAAUUCUGGAAGUUGAAGUCCACAAGUCACAAAAGAGCCAAGGUUGCCUACCCCUGGUCUAGGAUAACUCACUGUGGCCAACACACUGUUGGACAAGAGAUACACCAAUAUUGAAGAAAUGGUGGAACAGAAUCAUUAAAGAAAGGAUGCAAAAGGAGAGGCAAAAUAAAAUGUGAAUGACAAAAAUUAAAAUAUUUUUAAAAUUAUUUUAAAUAGUUAAAUUGAAUUGUUGAAUUGUCCCAUGGCAAGUUGGCCACGGCAAGUUGGCUGUGGCAAGUUAACUGGCGAGUUGUCCCAUUCCAUUCUCAAAAACUGUUCAAGAGUAAGAUCUCUGUCUAAUUUCGUGCGUACAGCAUGCCAAGUCUAGAACUGCAUCUAAAAGGGUUAAACAUCUAAAAAGGUUAAAUCAUGGCAACUGAACCAAAGUUUAUUGGUCCAAAGUCGUUACUCAUCCAAGUAACUUCUUGGAUGAACAUAAAUUUCCUUUUGGCCACUGCUGCAAUAUUAUUCUUUACUUUUCCUUGAUUUGUACAUGCAGCGAUUUUUCAUUUCAGUUUUUGUAAGCAAACUGCUGCCCUUGGUGCUUGAGUGAGGGGAAGGGACUCACACCCAAAGAUUGGAGAAGAAAUUAAAGGAAUUCAAAAGUAAGGAUAAAUAACUUCUCUUAGGAGUGCCUGGUGGCCAUUGACCUCCUAAAUCUGGAGGAACACUUAAUAUCAAUAUAAAUUAUAGUUGCAAAAAAGCACUUUUCACUGGCAACCUAGGCUACAUCCCACAUGCUGUUUUACAUAUACACAUCAUUUGGGGUUUAGUUACAAAACUCUAAAUAGUUUUUAGGGCAGAGGAGCUGAUAAAGCACUACAGUGUGGCUACUUUAAUUGGAUUGCAAGACAGAAAUACACACACACACACACACACACAUCACUUGGGCCUUGCAUUCUUUAUAGCAGGGCGAGCAAACUAGGAGCUGCAUGUAAAACUCUGGCCUUUUUUGUAUCUCUCCAAAUUUCCCCCAGAUUGUGCUGCUGAAAUUUGAUGAGAAAAUAGCCAGAUUUGGGAGUGAAGUUUUUCUUUUCUUUUUUUAAUACUAAAAAGUAUUUUGCAAAUAAGCGUAUUAAAUAAACCCUUGGAAGAUAAACUCCCAAAGUUCCUCAAAACCAGGCCAGAGUUUUUGAAGCCUGCCCUCCUAGUGACACUGCUAUGUCACUGUAGAUGCUUCUUGUGGACUUAGGUGAGGCAAAUACAGCCUCCCACCUGCCCAACGUUCACUCACUUUUCCUUUUUAUAGUAAAUUCCUCAUGAUUCUUUGUGAACGUGGUAUAUUACUGUUGUCAUCUGGUUCAGCUACCCCCUAUUUUUCUUGGGACGCUGUUUGUACCUCGCAAGUAAGUUUAAUUCUUUUGCUUUCUCUAAAUGUUCUCGGUUGUUGCCCCUUUGCUUUCACUCAGCCAGCAGACUUUUUUUUUUAGUUGUACACGUAAGAAUUUCUGGCUUGGGAACAAAUGCACACACUCCCCUUUCCCACCUUUCACUCGGUGCUAGAAGCUCCCCCAGUCUCUGUUCUUGCUCAGUCCAUUCUCUUUACUGGCACAUAUUAUCUGUGCCAGAAUGAUUUGUUAAUCCCACUGGGUCUGUAACACUUCUCAUUCUUUAACUUGAAAUGGGAUUCUUUUCUACAGCUUUCCUACUGUACAUCUCUAUCAACGUUCAUUUCUUCCAAUAGAGGAGAUGCAGUUUAUCUUUGAAUCAAGUGGAUUUUUUUUAAUGUCACUAUGGAUUCUUUUUAAGCAAGUCCUAAAUGAUAGAGAUGCCUACCUUCUAACAUUUUUAGCUUUUCUUUAGGAGGGAAGUAAGGGCUUUCUGCCACUAAUGGCAGCAGGCAAAAGAAAAAAGUGGUUUCCUUUUGUCUUCUUUUGCGAUUCUUCUUCUGCCUGUCUGCUGUCCAAGAAUGCAAAAGGGUAUAUAGUUAAAAAAAAGACAACAGCUAAACUUCAUUGUCAGCCCAGGUUCCAAAGCAUCACAAAGGUUGUUAUUGUGAAUCAGUAGAGAAUUUCAAACAUAUUUUGUCACAUGAUUUGGUGGGAGAGGAAUUUAUUGACGGAAGAAAUACAUUCAGGUGAGUUUGAAGUCUAACCCUGCUCUUAGGAUCCAUCUCCUGAAUCUGGUAGAAAAGGGCAAGCUUACAGAUGCUGACUAAUGUAUAUCCAAAUAUGUACAUUGCUGUACCUAUAUUUAUUUUUGAAAUUAUCAUAUAGGAACACGGUGGAGUGGAAGGAAAUGUAGGAUUGUUGAAGUUUAACCCAUGCUCUAUGUUUGUUUAAUUAAAAAGUGUUAUUGUUUAAUAUAAUAAAUGAAGAAAGUUAA